AUAUAUUCUUUAUAAAUGCAGACGAAUCCGUAUGUUGUGUACAAGAAUCACAGUUUAUAUUGACACGAUGAUGCGGAUGAAGGGUUAUGAUGGUGAUGACGCGAGGGCGCGAUUCUCGUCCUCAUCGGCAUCCUUGUUCGGCGCCUGCAGUCCUCGUCGUUACUCCUCAUCCCGGCGGGUGCUGUCGCUUAAAACAGUGCUCGUGCUCGUGCUCGUGCUGACGGUGACGUGUGUGAUGCGCGAGAGAGUCGAGGCCCAUCCGCAGCAAGAGGACGGUGGCGACUCGUCCUUACCAGCACCACCACCCUCCUCUCUGCCCGCUGAUGCUGCUGCUGCUACUGCUGGAGACAGCAGCAAUGAUGAUGACAAUAGCAGCAGCGAAGAAGGACCGCCGUUUGCAGACCUCAACAACUCGACGGAACUCGAGAUGAUGGAUGAGAAUGAUAAUAAUAAUAAUACCAACUCGACCGGCAUCGUCUUCAAUGUGAAGAAUACUGCAGCUCAUGGUGGUGCGGGGAGGAGGAACGACACCGACUUGACGCUGGGCGACGCGCGGCAGAGGUGGAAGGCGGCCCUGGACCGACUGCCGGCAUUCGUCAACCGCAACCAGGUGCAGCGCCUGCCGACGGCGUUCCGCGAAGACGCCGACAAGCUCUUUGGCGUGUUUGCAGGCAACAUCCAGUCCAAUUCAUUCCAGCAGGCUCUCACCGCCAUCCCAACGAGUCUCGUGCCCAACCUGAUCCAGGGAGACAUCAAGGAUUUCAACGACACGACCUUGUCUGUGCUGCGCAAGCUCCUGCCGCAAUUGGACAAAUCCGUCCUGUGCUCCGUCAAUGACACGCAAAAGGAAAAGAUGAUCAACGCCGUCGCCGACUGCAGCUCGUCGUCAUCUUCGUCAAAUGCGACGGAACUGCGCCAGACUCUGCUGGACGUGAGUGACAUGUUUGCUCGACUCAAGACGGCCUGCAACUUCCGCAUGAGUCCCGACCUGUUGAAGAAGACGGCGGCGUGUAUCAAGCAGAUGUCGGAAAAGGCUGGGUCAAGCAAGGCCAACGACGCCGUCGUCGUGCGGGCACUGUUGGCCCACUUGCCCGCAAACCUGUCCCUGGUCACGCAGGACAUGGUCAAUGCCGUCGGACAAGACGCCCUUCUCAGGAAUGCGCCCAUUUCGGAUCUGGCAGAAAUGUCGCAAGUCAACAAGGACUUGCUGAGCAAAGCCAGGUCCGACAUUAGCGUCUUGAUGCAACAAAACAACCAGAGCGACGUGAAGCGCUAUCAGGCCAUCAUCUCUGCCCUCACCCAGAGGAUUCAGGGACCCGCGGGCAGCUGGAACUCGAGCACCCUAGCGCAGGAGAUCCAGUCGCUGGCCUUCUUGUCUUCGGACACGAUCGCCAGGAUGAACGGAUCCGCCCUGGACGCCAACAUGGCACAGAUUACAGAGUUGGUGAAGAGCGGCAAGCUGACGGGCGACCAGCAGGCAGCGAUUGCCAGUGCGUGGGGCAGAAGCACCGCCACCUCGAUGACGAACCGCACAGCUGAAGAAACGAGGCUUUUGGGCGAGAGACUCCCAGCAGCCGUGCUGUGUCAAUUACCCAACGAGGCCUACUACGCGAUUCGGAAUGCGUCUGUGGCCACGAACAAGCUACGCGAGUUCAGGGAGAGGAUCCUCAACACCCCUGCUUGCAUGCCGCGAGUUCGAGAACAGCUGAGUGCUGCUUGCCGGAACCAGACAAACAUGACGGGCUUUGACGGACUCGUGAGCAACUCUGCCGACUCCCAGGCCCUGGCAAACAUCUGCGCCACCUACGGCAACUUCAUGGACUUUCAAAAGGCUGCCAGCGGCGUGCUCAAUUCGACCAGUGUAGAGGAACAGGUCAAGUUUCUCAAGGACCUUACAGGAGUCAGGAGAAAAAACUUUGUCGAGGACGUGCUCAGUAGACUGCGAGUCAACAACGUGUUGAACUUUGCCAAAAUGCCGGACGAGCUGCUCCACGAGGCGACGGCCGUGGACAUUGACAGCGCCUCUAACGACAUCUGUGCCAAGGCGGACAAGUUGCUGGAGGGGAGCGCAAAGAUGGAUGUCGGUCGUCGAACGGCCCUUUUGCGCAAGCUGACGACUGCUGCUGCUGACGGCGGCUGUGGCAAGACUCUGGCAGAGUUGGUGAAGGCGGCCAACGUGCCCGCGGCCAUAAAGAACAUCCUGUCGACGACUGACGUGAAGGCAGCCGUGGCCAGUGGCCAGAUUUCGCGUGCAGACCUCAAAACAGCCACGGCAGUAUUGCCAUGCGGCUCACCCUUGAGAAGGAUAUACAUGGAACUCGAGUUCAACAACACCCUGCUGACCGUGGAAAACAUCACCAGUGACCGGAAGCUCGUGUGCAGCAUGGACUGCCACAACGUGCAGAACUUGACGGACGAAAAGCUGCUGGUGUUCAUCGGGGAGGCAUGUGCGAGUGCACAGCCCAUGAAGAUUAAGGCUGCUGCCUGCUUGAAGACCAAGCUGUGCACGUACGUGGAGCGGUACGAGUCAACAUCGGCAGGAGCAUCGACAGAUGACGUGCGGUGUCUGGCGGACUUGGCGUCGCCCACUCUGGAACUCGUAUGUCUCGACAUACUCACUCAAUUCAGUGAGAAGGCUUUGAGGGGUCUCACCGGCGAUAAGAGUCUGACGGUAACCAAGAAGGCCGCACAGGGUUCGCAAGAGUUCCUGGUGCGCUAUCCGCACUCCAAAAUGGUGGCCCUAGCUGCCAGUGGUCUGAGGAGUCUGCAGUUGUCGUCGUCUUUGGGACAGACAAUGAAAACGACUAGCGCGGGUGCCGAUGGCGGGUCGUACAGUGUCAAGGAAGAGCACGCGGCACAGAUGAACUGCUUGGCGUCCUGGCUGCAGGACGACGUGGCCGCCAUGAGCGGCGCCGCGCUGGUCCGCACACUGGACUGCUGGGGCAAGCAGAGUGCGUGGACGGCCAGCGGGCUACCCAUCACUCCACUCGUGUCCAAGCGGACGGCGGCUGCAGUGGGCGCCAGGCUCAAAGUACUCAAGGGACCCGUCGGGGAGUGGACUGCGGCUGAUUGGCAGCAAGUCGGAUGCGUGGCCAAGUUCCUCGACAUGAGUGAGUUGGUUGAUGUGACGGUGAUCCGGUGCAACCGGUCUCAGGUGCCGGACUACCUCGCGGACGAGUUUGCCGACGUCCAGGCACUCAAGAAGACCAACUUGGACGAGUCGCUGGCCUUUGACGAGGCUUCCGUGGACCAGCAGAUCCUCAAGAGGAAAAUUCAAGACAGACGGGACCGAAUCCAAGCCGAGCAGGCUGCUGUUGCUGCUGCCCGUCCUCCUCCAGCACCGCCUGUGUCGUCGACCACCUCUGGCCCUCCGUCGUCUGCCACAGCUACUACUCCAAUCAACAACAACAACAAUAGUCCUCCUAGUACCGAUACAGCGACGACCCCCAGCACUGCUGGGGGAAUCACGACGACUUCACUUGCCGCUGCGGCGAGGAAUGCCAAGGUGAUGGUAUUCCCAGGUCCUGCUGAUGCCGACUACUUGGACGACGACUACAAUAACAAGAGAGAGGAGCAGCAGGACGGAUCCAGCAAUGAUCAUCAUCGGCCGAAGCGACAGGUAACGACGACUGUCGCUGUGACUUGCGACCAGAUCGAGCGCGACGGCAUCGGCGCCAACGGACUGACGACGGCCCAGAUUGAGGCCAUGACGCCGGCCAAUGUGACGGCGUGUCUUGGACCACUCGGCUCAGUCCGUCUUGACCUUAUAUCCGCCGGCAACGCCAUCUUCAACAAGGUCAAGUUGUUUUACUCGCCUCUCAACAAUCGCGCCCGCGACGUGCCCGUAGAGGCCAUGUGGAAGCUGGACUAUGCUGCCGUGGGCAUCACGACGGCCGACGUGGCGGACAUGACGCUCAACCUCAAGUCACUGGACAACAGGACCGUUCUGGCCGACUUGUCCGUCAUAGGCCCGGACGCCAGCAGGGGCUUUGGUUCGGACCAGAUUGUCAAAUUCGCCGAGGAAAUCCGGUCAGACACGGGCUCCUUCUCGUCCCUGACUCCAUCCGAAGUUCAGGCCAUGGGCUUGUUCAUGUGUGGCACGGCGACGGCCGACAUUGACGUCAUACCCGGGUCAUCCCUCAUCUCAUCCAUCUCCACACUGAAGCAGCUGCCGUGUGAGUUUGCGCGGAUGAACGCACUCAUCCAAGGCAUCCGACGACCCCCGUCCACCUACAGCGACGUCAUGUCCUGGACCCCGUCCGUGGUAGGAAUCCAAUCAUGA